AUGGACUCUCUUAUUGCAGCAAAUAGCAAAUUUUGCUUCGAUUUUUUCCAAAAGAUAAGCAAAGAUGAUAUUCAUAAAAACAUCUUUGUCUGUCCUCUGAGUCUCUCAGCUGCCUUUGGCAUGGUGCGCCUAGGAGCUCGAGGUGACAGUGCCCAUCAGAUUGAUGAGGUGUUGCACUUCAGUGAACUUUCCACGAGUGGGAGCCAGGAACCCAAUGAUCCCUGCUCAAAAAGCAGAGGAGAAGCAUUGUCUGACAGCUCUCUGGAAGGGCAGAAACAAGCACCAGCGUCUCAGGAGUGGCAGGAUGAAUCCACAGAUGAGAAUGUACUGCUUGGCUGCUACUUUGGGAAACUUCUCUCCAGAUUAGACAGAGCCAAAACAUAUUACACUCUGAGUAUGGCUAACAGACUCUACGGAGAGCAGGGAUUCCCAAUCUGCCCGGAGUACUUCGAUGGUGUAAUUAAAUUCUACCACACGACAGUUGAAAGUGUAGAUUUCCGGGGGGAUACUGAGAAGUCGAGACAAGAGAUAAACUUCUGGGUUGAAAGUCAAUGCCAAGGUAAAAUCAAGGAGCUGUUCAGCAAGGAGGCUAUUGAUGACUCGACUGUGCUGGUGCUAGUGAAUGCGGUUUACUUCAAGGCCAAGUGGGAGAAAGAAUUUGACUGUGAAAACACAGUUGAUGCACCUUUCUCUCUAAGUGAGAAUGAGAAGAAGACGGUAAAGAUGAUGAAUCAGAAGGGGAAGUUCAGAAUUGGCUUCAUUGAGGAACUGCAGGCACAGAUCCUGGAGAUGAAGUACACCAUGGGGAAACUCAGCAUGUUAGUCCUGCUUCCAUCUUGCUCAGAAGACAAUGUGAAGAGUCUGCAAGAGCUUGAAAACAAAAUAAGCCAUGAAAAAAUCAUGUCCUGGAGUAGCUCAGAAAAUAUGCCUGAAGAAUCAGUAGCCAUUUCUUUCCCCCAGUUCAUCAUGGAAGAUAGCUACGAUCUCAACUCUAUUCUACAAGACAUGGGCAUUAAGGACAUCUUCGAUGAAACGAAGGCUGACCUGAGUGGAAUCUCUAAGAGUCCCAAUCUGUAUUUGUCCAAAAUUAUCCACAAGAGCUUUGUGGAGGUGGACGAGAUGGGCACAGAGGCGGCUGCAGCCAGCGGGGCUGUCACUGCCGAGAAGGCCAUUCCAUCCUGGGUGGAGUUUAAUGCCAAUCACCCUUUUCUCUUUUUCAUUCGACACAAUCCAACCAACACAAUUCUUUUCUGUGGCAGGGUCUACUCUCCUUGAACCCUCUGGCAAUACACAG